AUGUCAAAUGCAAGCAAUAAUUCGACUGUACAUACAACCGGAACUGUACUAUCAUACGCUGGAACAAGUGUAAAUGAAAUUCCUUUAAUUGGAAGAUUCUGGAUGUAUCUCCUAUCAAAUUGUGCAUCAUUUAUUUGUUCUAUUUUUGUUCUCUAUCAUUUACUUUUUAAUAAGAAUCUUCGAUGGGGACUUAAUAACCAUGCUUUCAUAGUUGGUCUUAUUAUUAAUCUUUUUGUGCUCGUAUUAGAUGUUCCACUGUAUUUGUAUUAUCUAUAUCAUGGAAUUGUUUGGAUACAAGUGCCAUUGAUUUGUCAACUUUGGAGAUAUAUUGAUGCAGCAUCAUAUACAGUAUUACCUAAAUUAGUUGCAUGGGCUUCAUUUGAACGGCAUAUUCUGAUUUUUAAUGAACGACGACUUUUACGAUUAAAAAAUCGUAUUUUAUUUCAUUAUAUACCUAUAGGUGUUUGGCGUUAUAUUAUUGGUAUACCGAGCUUUGGUUCUCAAUAUUAUGUAUACGGAAGCUUUUUUUCCUUUUAUGUUAAUUUUCUCUUUCCUUUUGGAUGUGUUGGUACAAUACCUCAACUUAAAACAAAAAUCAAAAAGAUAUUAUUAUGUUGGAAAAUAAAAUCAUCUGCUGUUGCUCCACGUAUAGUGAAAAAACAACAAUCGCCAGCUUGUCAAAAACCUAUUACAGCAAAUACUGCUUUAUAA